CCAUUCGGGUUCGGGUAUUAUCCGUUCGGGUUCGGAUAUCCAAUCUCUCCUUAUUCAAUACCCGUUCGGGUAUUUUGCUACUUCGGUUCGGAUUUCGGUUCGGUUUUUUUGGAUCGGGUUCGGGUGCCACUUCGGAUAUCGGGUAAAGUGCCCACCCCUAAUAUUGAACAUUAAACUGCUUUUAAGAUGGAAUUUACUUGAUAGUCAUUGUAGAUUUCGAUAAAUAAGAGAUGAGUGAGAUAUGGUCUUUUGUGAUUGGCAUAGCUGGUGGAAAUGUUUGUAAUUUAUAGCAAAAGCUAUGGAUAGAGUAGGUCUAGGAUCUUUAUACAAUCAUAAAAAGAUCUAGUGUAUUUUAGAAACAACAAAAAAUCGCAAAAUAAUAGAAACAAAUUCGUAAGCAAAUCUUUAAUAUAAUAAAUUCCGAAUAAACACUAACAAAUUUUCUUAACUAACUUUGGAAAUGUGACCUCUAAUUAAUAGUUUCUAUAUUUUAGGAAUAACAGAAAAAUCGUAACCAAAUCUUGGUUAUGAACUUAGAUACAUAUGAAUCUUUAACGUAGAUAAAAUUGGAAAUAUGGUCUUUAAUUGAUAUUUUCUAAAUGUGUUUAUGCUCCAUGAAUAUUAAAAAUAUUCAUCUCGUCAUAUAUGUAACCCAUAUCACUUACCUACCAAGGGUAACGUUGCUGAUGCUGCAAAUAUAUUCCCUCUGCAAUGUAUUUUAUGUAAGCUUCAAACAGGGAACACAAUUUUUCCUGCUAGAAACAAUUAACAAUAAGAAACAAUUAACAAUAAGCAAAAAAAAUAAUCUAAAAAAUAUACCAUCCAAGUCUUCUGCAGCAUCGAGACUUUCUUCAUUCAUGAGCUUGAAAUUUCAACCUAACCAUCAAAACAAACAAAACAUUAUGAGACAGAGACUUAUUUUGAAACUUAAGACACCAGUAAUUUAGAAGACAUAAAUCGUCAAAACACUCACAUUUUUCUUCUUCUUUUUCCUCAGUCCAGUAAAUGAACUCUUGCGGCCAUCAUUAGCUUCAGAGAAAAUAAAUCAGACACAAAGUUACGUGCAUUCCAUUAAAAAGAAACAAAAAAAAAGUUUUACAGCACAUAGACUCAGAUCAAGAUACCAUGCAAAUGCAAUGAAUCAGAUUUUUCCACUUGUGACUCUGUUGAGUCCUCGAUAGGAUGCUGAAUGACUACAUUUUUCUUCUUCUUCUAAGUGGUUGGAUCAAACAGUGCGAGCUAAGGAUAGCCAAACCGUUUAAACAACACAAUCAUACAAAUCAAGCAAAAAAAGUAAAAAACAAAGUCUAACUUGAGCCUUAUUGAAAUCUUUAAUAUAUAAAAGGAUUGCAAAAAUAGACAAAAUCAACUCAACUUACCUCUUGCUAGUCCUUCUCCUCCUUCAUCUCAUUAUUUUCAUCAGCCAUGAUUGCUACUGAAAAAGAUAAUAAACACGCAGAAACCAAAAAUAUGCACCAGCGAUAGCAGAACUGAUAAUGUAUCUAAAAGAUAACAAAUUUCAACUCCCAAUAAGAAUCAAUACAAAUGAUUAUACCCCCAAUAAAUCUAGGUUAAGUUUUCACAAUAGAUUUAUCAAUCUCUUCAAUCAUUUGCUACGUUUGAAAAAAGAAAAUGAAUUCGAGAAGGAAUCAACGAAGACUCGCCAACAAUUUGAACGCUAAUAGAUUUGUCGCAAAAAGUGAAAUGAAAGAAGGAAGCCUGCAAGCAAUCGAUCAGGGAGAGAUGGAAUAUUAGUGAAUAAAUAUUUGUAUUGUUAAUAUAAUAAGUCACCUUUAUUUUUAGAGUGUGCAUCUCACCAAGAGACGAAUGGUGGGCUUUACAUUUUUGAAAAAUGCCUUUAAAAUAAUUGAAAAAGAUAAUGGAAUGUUUUGUAAUUAAUAUGAAAUUUCAGGGGCAUAAUCCUAAGAAGGAUUCUGCUUUAAUAGAAUAGAUGGAUAUGUGUAUCAUACGAAAUUCAUAAGAAAAAAUAAUUUUUUAUACUAAAAUUGAAACCUAAACAAACUAAAUUAUCAGUAUCAUAUAUUACGUAUUUUCAUAUUUUAUUAUUACCUUAUAAAAGGAUGUAGAGUUCAUAUUAAUAUAAUAUCGUAUAAGAGAAGAAAGAAAAAAUUUCUAAGAAACCCAUUUUAAUUUUUUGUCACAAAAAUAAUUCUCAGUGAAGAAAAUGAUCAAAAUAAAUUUUAUUUAAUGAUAAAAAUAUAUUUUUAGCUUAGGGUUAACUAAUCUAGACUUAAAUUUUAGAGUUAAGGGAUGAGGUUUUGGAGAUAGGAUUUCAAAUUUUAAAAAGUAAAAAUAAAUAUUAGAAUUUUCAAAAUUAAAAAGAGCUAUUUUGGUCAUUUUCUUUUUUGAGAGUUAUUUUUGUGACAAAAAUUUAAAAAUGAUUAUUUUAGAGAAUUGUCCUAUAUGAAAUGUACGGUUUAGUAGCUUUGAUGCAUUGGAGUUCAUAUAAUUGUUUCAACUUUCAACCUUAUAAAAAUUCGGUUUACUAUACCUCCGGUUUGUAAUUAUGUAACAACAGAAUAAGAUGCAUGGUAAUGCAUGUGUUUUGUUUGCAUCAUACUUUCGGUUAUGGUUUCAUUUACGAUUAAAAUAAUAUCAUUUAUAGUAACUAUAAGUUAGGCAUUAUAUUUAGGUAAUACAUUUCAUAUUUCCAGGAUAUUCCCUCAAGUUGGUUAAAGUAAAUUAAAUAUAGUUAAAAUUAAAAUGUAGUGGCAAUCAUGUAAAUAUUAAAACAUAUCAACGGGACUUCAAAAACAAAUCUUGUGUUUUAACAGUAUAGAUAUAAUAAAAAAUAUUUAGAGAAUUUGAUUACUGUAAUCGUAUUUUAAGUAGUAUACAAUAAUGUAUUAGAAUAUUUUUAUUUAGUUCUUAUUUUUUUUAUCAAAUACAAUUAUAUCAAAAAGUUACCAACUAAAAUUUAAAAUUACAGACUAAACCCAUCAUACACUAAAAAUAUAAAUGUCUGUUUGUUUGUAAGAUGACGAAAAACAUUAACAAAGAUAUUUUUAAUCAAUAAACUCAACAUGGUAAUUGGUAAGAUAGCACAGCUCAUUAUGAUGGCAGUUUCUCGGAAAUUUCUAAACUAAAACAAAAUUAAAAGAAAAUAGUAAAAUGGUCGGUACAACUAAAGUGAAGAUUUUAAAAGAAAAAAAAACUAUUAGAGUAAAGACUUCAUUCCAUCAUCAGAAGACCCAAGAAACUGUGAGUUUUCUACGUUCUGAACCGUCUAAGAGGUCAAGUCAACAAAGGCAAUCACUUUAAUGGUUGAAAUCAGAUCACAUAUUUGUCUCGAUAUAUCCAAAAUACAUACAUGAUACAUGUAAUUAAAAAGUAUCACUAAGUUGGAGAUAUGUAAGUUCAACACGUUACAUAAGCAUACGCGUUGAGCCAACAGGAGAGGAUUGUCUAAUUCGUUUUAGCAUUUAGUGUUUUAAUGGUCUAGAUUGUGUUGCAAGUGUGCCAACGAAUCUAAAUCGUUCGUUUUAGAAUUUUAGAAAAUGAUUUACAGUUACAUGAAAUAUACGUCACCUUGGCAAGAUAUUUAGACAAUAUUAAUGUUCUAAAAAUUAUACGAACUAUGAACUAUAUUCACAUGGUCAUGAAUUAAUAAGUGUAUUUUACUUACAUUAUCAAUGUAAAUUUUAUAAUAAAAUUGUUGACUUGGAAUACAACAAAUUCUUUUUUUUUUGAAUUAUACAGAAAUAUCAUUGCCCUACAAAAGUGUUCCAGACUAGUCACGUGUUGCCACAUGUCAGUCCUCUGUCCCUGGCAAUGCCGAAAUGUUAAUUCUCCGGUGACUUGAAUACAACAAAUUCUCAUAAUUUUUUGAUAUGUUUUUAAAUGUUGUCGAUAUAUAACAUUGCAUUUAAAUGAUUUAUCUAUAUAUUUUUAGGAUUCUUUUUGUUUUAAUUAGGUUGAAAGACUUUUCAUCAAUGUUGACUUGGAAUACAACAAAUUCUCAUCAUCUUUUGAUAUGUUUUUAAAUGUUGUCGAUAUAUAACAUUGCAUUUAAAUGAUUUAUCUAUAUAUUUUUAGGAUUCUUUUUGUUUUAAUUAGGUUGAAAGACUUUUCAUCAAUGUUGUUGGACUUUCUUCUUUUCAAAAUUACAUUGAUAACAUUUAUUAGUGUAUACAUGUUCUUAUAUAAUUAGUUUUUAAUAUAUUAAUACUGUUUUGAUGUUUUAUUAUGCAUGUAGUUAACAAUCAUUUUUAGUUUUAAUAAGGAAUGCAUAGACAAAUGACGUUGUAAUGGAUCAUUUUAUGAUUUUUAAAUAACUUCACUUAUGCAUUCAUAUAUCUCUUCAGGUAUCUCGUUAUUAUUCGAAACUAUUUAACUUGACAAUUUCUCUGUCAUUACGUUAAUUUUCUAAAAUAAAUUUACAUCUAUAUCUUCAAUUAGUUCGUCUGAUUUCGCCGGAAAUUAUCGAGAAUUCUAUAAGAUUCUAGCUAUUCAUACUAUCUACGUUCGGCAUGUCAUGCGGUGACAGAAGCUAUAUGUGAACAAGUUGCCUAUGGAAAUAGAACUCUGUAUUUUGAUUUUCGCACAAGUUUAAACAGACGAAUCUUUUUUUAUGAAACAAAACAGACGAAUCUAAAACGUUUAUUUGAGUGGAUUAAUGGGAAACUCAACAAUUUAAACGUGUUUUACUCCUAAUUGAGAGCUAGGACGUCUUUUCAAAAUACUUUCGGCAGAUUUCAUCAAGCUUUUGAACCGUUCAGAUUGAGACUAGCCUUUUAAAAUUAUACUAGGGCUUUUUUUUCUUAUGACUAUAGCCUACUAGGAUUAUUAAAAGACGACAUAAACUUUCUUAUAAAACAAAUUAAAAGACCACAUCCGUCAAGAGAAGAAAUUUUAACUAUUGCAUGAACUCUGCCGACGAUAUAACAUUAAACAAAAUGACCAAACGAUAUAGACUACUAGCCUCAUUUUCUAUAAAAGCGCCAGGGAGGGGUUGUCACAGAAUACAAACAACACAAAGAACAAAAAAAGAAAGGUUAUUGUAGUUUUAACGAUGAUGAUGAUGGGCGAUACAUUUGGAACAAUAGGAUCAAGCAUGGCAAGUUUGUUCUUUAUUUGGGCAACAGUUCAACAAAUCUUCCCUAACCAUUUGAAGAUUGCCAUCAAAGAGUUUCUUUUGUCUUCAUUCCAACAACUCUGUUUCGCUCAAAGAGUCUCAGAUUAUUUCACCAACCUCUUCUCUCCUUACGUCGAUAUCAACUUCCCAGAGAGUGAUGAGUACCGUCUCAACCACGCUUUCUCAGCCAUAGAGACCUACCUUGAGUCGAAAGCAACCGAUAAAUCCAAGCACCUCAAAGGAAGCCAGCUGAAAGAGAACAAAGGGUUGGUCUUAAAACGAGACGAGGUGAAAAUCAGAGAUGAAUACAAAGGAGCUAAUGUUUGGUGGGAGAUUGUGACUGCUUCUGAUGAAGAAAGAUCUUACAAGCUCACAUUUCACCACCGUGCAAGGAGUCUUAUAACUGAUUCAUACGUACCUUAUGUGGUUGAAGAAGGGAAGUUAAUUAAAGCCAAGAAACAGCAGACGAGGCUGUUCACUAAUAACCCGAGUUCUCAGUGGAUUCUUAGCCACAACAUGUGGAGAUCUAUUGAGUUUGAGCAUCCAGCGAGUUUUGAGACACUAGCCAUGGAACAAGAGAAGAAAGAAGAGAUCAUGAGUGACCUCACCGCUUUUACCAAUGGGAAAGAUUAUUACAAGAAGAUUGGGAAAGCUUGGAAGCGAGGCUACUUGUUAUACGGACCACCAGGAACAGGUAAGUCCACCAUGAUUUCCGCCAUGGUAAAUUUUUUGAACUAUAACAUCUAUGAUCUUGAACUCACGGCUAUAAAGAACAACUCGGAGUUGAGGAAACUUCUUACAUCGACAUCUAGCAAGUCCAUUGUUGUGAUUGAGGACAUAGACUGCUCUGUAGAUCUUACCGGUAAUAGAAACAAGAAAGACAGAAACUCAAUGGAAAGGAAUGGAGAACAGGAUAAAGAUGAAAGCUCGGUUACACUCUCUGGACUUUUAAACUUUAUUGAUGGUAUUUGGUCAGCUUGUGGGCAAGAAAGGAUUGUUGUGUUCACAACAAACCACUUGGAAAAACUUGACCCGGCUUUGAUUAGGAGAGGAAGAAUGGAUAUGCACAUUGAGUUAUCUUAUUGCACUUAUGAAGCUUUCAAGAUUCUUGCCAAGAACUACCUGGAUCUUGAUGAUCAUCCUUUGUUCAAGAAUAUCAAGUCUUUGUUGAAGGAGAUAGAGAUUUCUCCAGCUGAUGUUGCAGAGAACUUAAUGACCAGAAACCAUAUAAUAGACGUUGAUGAAUCCUUGAAUAAUCUGAUCAAAGCUUUGGAGGAAAAGAAGAACAGCCAGAGGAGUCAACAUGAUGAAGACAAGAAGAAAAGCAACAAGUUCAGAUUAUUUGGUUGAUCUUGUGUUUGAUGACCUUAAUAUUGUUCCUCUUUUCUUAGCGGUUCCACUAAGUUUGCAAUGUUCUCUUAAGAAUAAAAAAGUUCCUAUUUGGUGAAUUUAGAAGUUGAAAGAGAGUAACUAACUUAAAAGACAGAGUACUACAACAAUACAUUAACCUGUGGCUUACUGGCUGUGAUGGCACGUAUGCUUCCAAGAGCCAAAGCCUAAACUGUUCAGUUUCUUCACUUAUACUCUUGACUAUUAGUGAGAUACAAUUAGAUCCUGAAUCACAUCCAAUCCCAACAAUGAAGGCUGCUAGAUCCGAUCUCUUUGAUGUUCUGCAACGUGGUUCACUAUAAGAUUUACUUGCAUUGCUUUGGUCGAAAAUUUUCAGGAGAUAA